GAACGGUAUUUUUUCGGUUCUUUGAAAGCUUACCCCCCAAAGGCAAAAACUUCCCCAAUAUCUUACAUGGUUUCUUAAAACCCGAACCCGGUUGAGUUUUUUUACCUUGAUCCGAUUGGAAUGGCGUUGCCCGGCCUAGGACCGUUUGGCACGGUAUCAUCUGCGGAGGAUUCGAAUCAGAAAAUCCGAAAGCCCUACACUAUAAGCAAGUCUAGAGAGAGCUGGACUGAACCUGAGCACGACAAGUUCCUCGAAGCUCUCCAACUAUUCGAUCGUGACUGGAAAAAGAUUGAAGCUUAUGUUGGGUCGAAGACUGUUAUUCAGAUUCGUAGCCAUGCCCAGAAGUACUUUCUAAAGGUUCAAAAGAAUGGAACAAGUGAACACCUACCUCCACCUCGACCUAAAAGGAAAGCCACCCAUCCAUAUCCUCAAAAAGCCUCGAAAAAUGCUCUUGGACACCCACAAGUAUCCGAGCCUCUGCAGUCACCUACUACUUUACUUGAUGCUGGAUUUCUUCUCAGAUCUGAUCCCCCAACGAUGCUUAUUAACCCUGUUACUAGAGCUGCUGCAUCUUCCCAAAUAAACAACACACAAACCAUCAGUUUCGCACAAGAUAAAAAAGGUAUUGGGAUGACCAAUAACUCAUGUAGUAGCGCUGAAAGUACCCGGAAGACGAGACAAAUUCGGGAGAUAUCUGAUCAGGGAAAUCAAGGUCAUGCACUGAGAGUGUUGCCAGACUUUGCUCAAGUAUACAGUUUUGUUGGUAGUGUCUUUGAUCCAAACACUAUCGAUCAUCUGCAGAAACUUAAGAAGAUGGAUCCAAUAGAUGUUGAAACAGUGCUUUUGUUGAUGAGAAAUCUCUCCAUCAAUCUGACAAGUCCUGAUUUUGAGGAUCAUAGAAAAUUGCUUUCUUCAUAUGAGAUUGACGCUGAGACAAAUGUCAACGGCGAUGCUUGUAAUGCCGUUGAUGACGACCAAUCUAAAAGAAUUACUUAAUAUUGAAAGGACUUAUGGAAUUGAGGGAAGUUUUGGACAGCCGGGUGUAGAACGAAAGGAGAAGAGUUGGAAAGAGAGUGUACAGUGCGUGAUCUAUCUUUGUUUUGAAGGGGGGAGGGGUAUUUAUGUUGUACAGUUCUGGGUCUCGUCUUUUUUAUUCAAGUUUCGACUGCAUAAUCUUACUGUGAUGUUAUGCCUA